UUGGUUGACACAUAUUCAUCAGCUGUUCAUGCAAGUCUGGAUAAAUAAUGUGUAUAUCGUCUUUUUAUUUACACAUUUAUAAUAACACGAGAAGAUAAAGCAGUGAGCUGGAAUUAGACAAAGAGUGACGGGAUCUCUGAUUCUUGUAAAAGAAUGAAGUUUCAGGUUGUUUUGGUUGCUGUAGUGCUGGUUGCUGUUGUUGCAGGAAAGAAAGGAUGUAAGUACGACAAGGGACAGUGGGGACCAUGUGAUCAAUUGACCAAUGAAAUGAAGAGAACUUUGACACUAAAAGAGGCCAAAGAGGGCUGUGAGGCUACCAUGGAACAAACACGACAAUGUAAACAGAAAAAAACAAAUUGUAAAUACACUAAAGGUAGCUGGGGGGAGUGUGAUACUACAACAAACAUGAGGUCAAGGAGCAUGACCCUACGCAGAGGUGACCCAGAGUGUUCCCAAACAUCAACACAGACAAUCUCCUGUGAGAAGUAUGAUCAGAUCUACAAAAUGAAGGAUGAAAAGAAGAAAACGAUGGAAAUGAUGAAAGCUGAAAAAAGGUUGAUAAAAGACAUGCAGAAGAAACUGAAAGAAUUUCACAAGAUGGGAUGUACAUUCCAUGAAGAGGUCACUGAGUGUAAUCAGGAAACACAGAAAGUACGAAAAACCUUCACGCUAGUCUCAGGAGACGUCAACACCUGUAUAAUGGAUCCCUUUGAAAUCUCAUGUAGCAUGCAGGACAAAUUUAAUAAAAUCAAACAAAGGAAGGAACAAUUAAAAUCAGAAAGGAAAAACAAAAAGGGAAAAAACAAAAAAGACAGAAAAAGAAAUCAUAAAAGAGAAAGAAAACAAGGAAAAUGUAAAUAUGAAGCUGGUCCUUGGAGUGAAUGUGACAUCACCACGGAUACCAUAAAGAUGACUAUGACCUUGAAAUCAGGAGAAACCAAAGAAUGUCCUUCAACAAAAAUAUUAAGCAAGAAGUGUAAAAAACCAUGUAAAUACACAACAGGAAAGUAUGGACCAUGUGUAAAUGGAAUUACAGAGAGAGUUGAUAAAUUGAAGAAAAAAAGCAGAGAUAUUUGUGAACCAGUAAGAACAUUGACUAAAAAAUGUCGUGGACGGAAUAAAAUUAAGAAAAUAAAAGGAGAAUGUAUAUAUGACAAAGGGUCUUGGGAAAACUGUGAUCCUGUCACUAAUAAAAGAGCAAAGGUCAAAUUAUUGAAAUCUGGUAACCCUAAAAAAUGUAAAGCUGAGAAAAAAGUUUUUAGAUCUUGUGUUCGAGCUAAUGGACAAGAUAGAUGCUUCUUUGGUGUUUGGGGAGACUGGUCUGAUUGUCAGAAUGGAGUGCAAAAGAAACAAAGACAAGUUGUACAAGGAGGAGUUGAUUGUCAGAAACGGGCAGUAAAGACACGACCAUGUUCAUGAUGAUCAAACACUACGAAAUCAUAAUCAUGUUCAUGAUUAAACACUUCAUAAACACUAUCAGGUUCAUGAUUAAAUACCAUAAGAUAUGUAACCAUAUUCAUGUUUUAACAAUGUAAAAAUAAGUCAUGGAGCCAAGACUUGGGCGUGCUGUUUCCAGUGGCAAAUCUACUGCGUCAACAAUUUGUUAUUUAAUUUUUGUAAUAAGAACAGUUUAAGGAUGUAUUCUUCUGACAUUUCAGUCUCGUUGAAAUCUCGUUCUGGAAUUAUUUCCAAAACAAGUGAUACAAGUGGAAAAUAUCAAUGAAUUUAAAAAGUAUUAUAAUCAAACUUAACUCUGUGAAAAAAUUGUGUAUUUACAAUAAGUAGUUUUUGAGUAAUCAAAUUUUCCAAUUUUAUAACCAAUCAAGUCAGUCUCAUUAGCCAAAAUGUUGAGAAAAUGGGUGAGGGAUACAAGAAAUGAUUUUACCAGAUACAUGUACAUCCCAUAUCAAUUUUUUCUUUUCAGAUUUCUUAGAUAUAUAUUUUUUCAAUCAUUUAUAACAAAGAAGUUGAAAUAAUAUGCUUUUUGUUCUAAAAAAAAAGAGAAAAAUCCCAAAUUGACAAAAUUGACAACAUGGUAAAUUUGACACGAAAAAAGCAACAAAAUUUUAUAAAACUUUUUAUAUUAACACCUACCCAUAGUUUUUUUAAGUUAAUUUAUUCAGAUUGGUCCACUUCAUCUUUAGUGAAAGUAUACGUAUGAAAAAAAGUUUAAUUGUGAAACUGUGAUUUUUUUCAUGAUAAUUAAUAGCCUAAAAAUGGGUAAAAAUUGAUGAAAAAUGGAAAAAAGCAUCAAAAUUGGGUACUUUCUAUUGGCUGUAGCAAAAAAAAAACAGUGCACCACCAUAUGAUUUUUUCUUCACCAAUUAUUUUUUUUACAGUUGUAUAAUCCCAAAAAUCAGGUUAAGAAAAAACAUUUUAUUCUAGAAAUUUUUGGCUCCUCAGAGGUGUACAUCCUUAAGGGGAACUUAAGCUGUGAAACGGUAGCUCUUAUGUCCUAAUGAUAUAUUUUGACAAUUUGUGGACCAUAGAUCUGCAAAGUGUCAAAAAUAUCAUAACGACAUAAGAGCUAUGGUUCCACAGCUAAAGGGGAACCACUUAUGAUAAUUCUCUAUUAUUCGGUAUGCAGUUGUAUAAGCAUUGGCACAUAUACUGUUCCAUGGGACACGAUUAGGACCCACAACCUCGGUCAUGGUCUAUUGACUUAACAUCUAUUGCAUACUGUAAAUUCAGAAAUGAUUGCAAUGUUUUUAUUGUUGUAAAUAAUGUGACUAUGUGAUAAUCACAUUAAUAAGAACUCACAUUCUGAUAUCUGAUACAUAUAAGUGUAUGCAGAUUUAUUAUUGUGAUUUCAGGAAAAUACAUAUAAGUGUAUGCAGAUUUUCCUGAAAUUGCAAUAGUAAAUCUCACAUUUUUGUCCUUUCUUCAAAAAUCACAACAAUAAAUGCAUGCAAUAAUUUCUGAAUUAACAGUAGCUCAAUUUUAAAUGGAACCACAUAUGGUAAGUCAUUGAUCUUUGGAAUGCACAUCUCAUCUCUGUAGAAAUUAUUGGGCCCUGCACUAUAAGUCAUGGUUAAUUGAUUUUGUAGUGUUUGCGUAGUUUAAAUACAUGUUAAAGUCUGUGAUUAGUUCUGUUUAAGGGGGACUUCUACAAGUAAACCAAUGAUCUUUUGACUGUCCUUCUGAUAUCUUUCGUCCCUCUUUUGUAUGCAACUGUAUUAUUUAGCAUUAAGAAAUCCCAUUUCCAUGGAGAUUUUAUGGCCCUGUCCCCUUUAGUCAUGUUUUUUUUUACUCAAAGAUUUGCAUAAAUUUGCAUUUUUAAGUUUGUAAUUGGGUUAGCUUUAGGUGAACAACUUGUAAUAGCUUAGUCAGUGAUGAUUUGUAUCCAGCUGUAAGAGCUUUGGCAUAUUAUAUGUCCAUGGAGAUAAUAUGGCCUGCCCUUCAUUCAUGGUUUGUCAAGUUGACUUUGAAAGUUUUAUAUGGUUUACAUGAUAAAGUGUGUCCAUUUGAUUUCAACACUAAUUUGCAACAUACUAUUUAAUUACAUAGAGGCGAGACAUAACUCUGUGUCAACAGUUUAUUAAAAAAUUAGUACCAGUUAUGUAAAAUACAUGAGAGUAGGGAUGCCCUUUACUGUCAGGCGUCAAACAGUCAUUUUCAGCUAUCGUUAGCGUCAAAUUGGUUAAAAUUUUAUUGUGAUUCGUCAAAAUAUCCUUAACGUGAUUGUCAGAGAUCUCAAAUAAUUAUCCGUUACUGUUAUUUUGGAAAAAAAUUUAACAUGAUUCGUCAAAAUCCGUCAAUUUUUUAUUGUCAUAAAGAAAAUGUACAUUUAUCGUGAUGCACCACAAAAUUACCGUGAACGUCAACGUCAUUUGGCAAGAUUUUUAACUGUUAUUCCUAACGAGGGUAACCCCAUUUGGACUCUCAUAUAUGAGUUCUGUGUUCAAGCAACUUCAUCUUUGUUACUUGAAGAUAUCGAUGUUAAAUUAAUGUGUACAGGUUUGUGAUAGAGUAUUUUAAACAUGACUUGAAUUAAUUACUGAAUAAGCCUUUAUGAUGCUCACAACUAAUUAUCAUAAAAUAUAAACAUGUUUAUACUUAAACACUGCCAAUAUACAAUUAAACAUGUUUAUGUUUUUAAACUGCAAAGCAUGGUCAUGACCAUGAUCAAGAGGAUAAAUUUUUAUUCAAGUAUGUGUUUUAUUGAUUUUUUUAGACAAUCAAUGUUUUGUACAUAAAUUAAUGACUAUUAUAUGGUUUUGGGAAGAUAUUUUGUAAAUAAUAUUUAUUUAUAAAUAUGAUUCAGCAUUACAAUUUUACUGCACCUUUAUGAAUUUUACUUGCUUAAAAAGUCUUCAAGCCCUUACAUUUUUAUGAUAGUUAGCUUUGAAUGGUUUAGUUCAUCCCCUGCAAACCUUAGGACAUGUUGAACUUAUUAUAUGUGCAAUAUCUAACACUUAUCCUAAUAUUUAUGGGGAUUUUUUCACUGCAGUAUGUGAUAAAAUUCAGGAAAUGGAUAAUAUUAAGCACUGCAAUCUAUGACAAAAUGACAUAUAUAUUUAUCAAUAUAAGAAUAACAGAAAAAUGAUAAAAAGACAAAGAUUUUUUUAUGCUAAGACCUUUUCAAUUUAUUUUAAUUGUAGAAUACUGUACUAGAUAUCAACGCAUAUUUUAAGUUAAUUUGACUUUUUGUGGAUUUGACUUUAUUUUGAAGUUUGAAAUAAAAUUGCUUUAAAUCAUACCAAUGCGUUUAUGAUAUUGGAUGGAUACCCCAUAUCCUUUGUUUUUCUAUUAAAGUGAAAUUUUCAAAUUUAAAUGUGUGCAAUAAAAUUUUCCAUUUGUUUUUCUAUUUUCACCGUUUUAUAUGUUCAAUAUUCAUAGGUUUUUUUAUUCUUUUUUUAAACUACUGUUAUUUUUCUAUUUACGUUCAAUUGGUGGUUGUUGAAAAUAAUAUAAACAUAAUAUUUUUUCAGACUUGCUUGUUCUCUUUUUGUGUAUUCGUUAUUGAAUGAAUGAUAAAGAUAUUAGAAUAUUAGAAUAACUUAAAAAUCAAAAAUUAAAAUUUGCAGUAGAGACCAAUGACAAAUUACAAGAUAUUUUAUUAACUAAUCAUGGUGCCCAAAAUUUGAGCUAUACAAUCAAAUGAAUUACAUAAUAAAGCACAGUAAAUGAUUAGAAUGAUUAGAGUGAUUAAAGUACAUUUAAACAAAAACAUGUAUGAAUUUUCUUGUUUCAUUGCCAGUAUAUUUGUAUAAACUAAUUUACCGGUAGCUUAGUUACUGUUGAUUGUUUAUUUUAGCAUGUGGCUAGAUCAAAUCGAGUGUUUAGAAUAUGAUUAUUAUAGGUAUGUUAACUGAAAUUAAAUACUAAAAUUUAAAAUGAACAUCAUAAUGGUAUUUUGGACCUGUUUCAAUAGAUAAGUAAUUGGGUAAAGAUUGCACAAAGUGCACUCGAAAUCCUUAAACUCUUCUCUACCUGUGUUUUCAAGUUAUAACACACAACUCCGCACAGUGCCAAUAUCAAGCAAUUAUUGAUAGGAUAUGCAUUUUUAUUAAUAUUAAAAAGUUGUAAAAAGAAGUGCAUAAAUCUAUGAAUCUUUCUGUUAACCUACAAUUGUAUGGACAAAGGGAAAUAACUCAAUUAAUCAUACUGCCCAAUAUUCCCAGAUACUAUACAAUAUUUGAUUUGAAGUUUACCAUGCAAAUACAACUUAUCGCUAUUAAGUCCAUUCUGGAAACAAAAGUCACUUUAUAGACAACUUCCUGUUCGGGUCAACAAGUGUCGCUAAAACAAAGGUCAACAGUAAUUAGGGCUAUUUCAGAAAAAGGUGUCUCCUUGGAGAAGAACGCCCAUGAAAUUAAUACAUUAAAAUUAAGGUGCAUUUAUUUGUUUUACAUAGAAAAUUUUGGGCUAUUACCCCACCCCCCUUCCCACCAACAUAAUUAUUUAUCAAUGGUUUUCUGCCCUUAGUGACAUUUUUUUCUGGAAAAGCCCUCAGAGGAGCUGAGGGAGAACAAGUUAAUAUAGAAAAUGAACAUUUUGAAAUUUUGAUAGUUUUAUGCUCCAAAAUUUUUUAACACAAAUUCAAAGUAAUAACAUGUACAAUGCUUUGUUUGAAGUGUUUGAACGAUGGUUUAUAUGCGUCUCUUUGACAAGUUUUAUACCACAAUAUAUUGGUUAAACAUGGACCCAGAUAGCUUUAACUGGUUUGUGAUGUCAUGAAAAAAUUGUGUGAUUUCAGAACUUAUGCCGAUUGGAAUAAAUAGUGAUAAGGUGUAUUUAAGUUAAUUAUUCAUUGUUCCUAAACAGCUUUGCUCACAAGUUUUAGGAUUUCAGUAUUACUGCAAUUACUGUAAAAGGCAAUAAAAAAUGUAGACAUAUGAUUAUUGUUUAUGUUCUGAUAUUAUUGCUGAUGAUUUCAAGAUCACAUUAUUUUGGUAUAUUUACUUUUUGACCUAUACUAUUGUAGCAGGGAUUUAAGUCGUUACUAGUACUUAAUCCAAUAUGUUUACAAAGGUUGUCAGGUAUUUUAGCAAUCAAUACAGAAUUCUCUUUGUUGUAUAUACAUUUAUUACAUUGGUAGCAAUCAAUUACAUUGAUUUCCCAGUCAAAUAAAAACUGAUAAUUUCACAUGAGAAAUAAACGUGGUUAAUUUACUCCUCUGACGUCAUACAACAAUAGGCGUUGUCAAGACGUUGAUAACAUCGGAUCAAAACAAAUUGUGAAUGCAUAGAAAAAGAUAUAGUUCCUUACAUUUUCUACAUUAAUUUCAUUAAAAAAAAGCCAUUUGCCAAUGUAAUAAAAAGAAUAACUAAUCAAAGAAUUCAAAUAUCGAAAAAUAUUCAACUCGUGACCGAACAACACGAUAAUUAACACAUGCGCUACGCGCAUUCGUGAAUUAAUGUGUUGUUCGGUCACGAGUUGAAUAUUUUUCGAUAUUUGAAUUCUUCGAUUAGUUAUUCUAUAAGUAUCUUAUUCUGUCUAUAAUAAUUUUAUAAUAAGUGUAUAUUUCUUUAAUCAUCUUAACAAAAUACAUUUUGUUUCAUUUAGAAAUAAAAUUAAUUUAUUAAUUA